AUGGAAAUGGUGCCUAGCGAGGAGAACCAGUUCGUACCCAAAGAGAUCCAAAAUGCAGCUGAGGAGCCCAGAGUGCUGUGCAUCAUUCAGGACAUCACCAGCGCAAAGACGGUCAACGAGAGGCUGACCCUGAAUCUGCCGGCUUCCACCACCCUCUCCAAACUCUAUGAUGAUGUUGCCCACAAAGCGGGAUAUGUGAAAGCCACUUUUGACCUUGCCUGGGGAAAUACGCAGGACAUGGCACCACUGGAUCACAGCAGUGAGAUGUCCCUCUCAGAUUUUGGGUUUGAGCCUGGCAAUAAGAGGAAUUUCCUCCAGCUCACGGACAAAGAUGGAGAGCAGCCCCAGAUUGCAUCGGAAGAGUCAGGAACUGCAGAUAGCAGCGGGCUGGAUGACAGUUCCCAGGAUCGAUUCAUCGGGCCCUUACCGAGAGACAGCACUGCAGGCUGCAGCGGAGACUACAGCAGCCCCUCUUACUCCUACUCCUCCAUCCUCAACAAAUCAGACACAGGUUACGUGGGCCUGGUCAACCAAGCUAUGACCUGCUAUUUGAACAGUCUUCUACAAACCCUGUACAUGACCCCCGAGUUCAGAAAUGCUCUCUACAACUGGGAGUUUGAGGAGAGUGAGGAGGAUCCAGUCACCAGUAUACCCCACCAGCUGCAGAGGCUGUUUAUUCUGCUGCAGACGAGUAAGAAACGAGCGAUCGAGACCACCGAUGUGACGCGGAGCUUCGGCUGGGACAGCAGCGAGGCUUGGCAGCAGCAUGACGUCCAGGAGCUGUGCAGGGUCAUGUUCGAUGCCCUGGAGCAAAAGUGGAAGCAGACCGAGCAGGCGGACCUGAUCAACCAGCUGUACCAGGGGAAGCUGAAGGAUUACGUGCGCUGUCUGGAGUGUGGCUAUGAGAGCUGGAGGAUUGAUACUUACCUGGACAUCCCUCUAGUGAUCCGACCCUUCGGAGCCAGCCAGGCCUACAGCAGUGUGGAAGAAGCUUUGCAUGCGUUCAUGCAACCAGAAACUCUUGACGGGCCCAACCAGUACUUCUGUGAACGGUGCAAAAAGAAAUGUGACGCCCGGAAGGGUCUGAGAUUUCUGCACUUCCCCUACCUGCUGACACUCCAGCUGAAGCGCUUUGACUUUGACUACACCACUAUGCACCGCAUUAAGCUGAAUGACCGCAUGGCUUUCCCCGAGGAGCUUGACAUGAGUCCAUUCAUCGAUGUGGAAGAUGAGAAGUCGCCUCAGACCGAGAGCUGCACUGACAGCGGAGCAGAGAAUGAAGGCAGUUGCCACAGCGACCAGAUGAGCAACGAUUUUUCCACAGAAGAUUGUGUAGACGAGGGCAUCUGCCUGGACAGCACCGGCAGCACGGAGAGGGUGCUGAAGCCAAAGAACACGCUGACCUUUGAGCUGUUCUCCGUCAUGGUCCACUCUGGGAGCGCUGCGGGUGGCCACUACUACGCCUGCAUCAAAUCCUUCACUGAUGGCCAGUGGUACAGUUUCAAUGAUCAGCACGUUAGCAAGAUCACUCUAGAUGAUAUCAGGAAGACAUAUGGGGGCUCCUCAGGGAGCAGAGGCUAUUACUCCAGUGCCUUUGCGAGUUCUACAAAUGCAUAUAUGCUGAUUUAUAGAUUGAAAGAUGCCUCAAAGAAUGCAAAGUAUUUCGAUGCGGAGGACUUCCCAGAGCACGUAAAGAGUUUGGUUCAGAAGGAGAAAGAAUCUGAAGAGCAAGAAAAGCGACAGAGGGAGAUCGAACGCAACACUUGCAAGAUAAAGCUUUUCUGCAUGCGUCCUGUGAAGACGAUGAUGGAGAGCAAGCUGGAAGUACACAAGGACAAAACUCUCAGAGAAGCAACAGAAAUGGCCUACAAGCUGAUGGAGCUGGAUGGAGCUGUGCCUCUGGACUGCUGCCGCCUGGUGAAGUACGACGAGUUCCACGAGUACCUGGAGCGCUCCUACGAAGGGGAGGAGGACACACCCAUGGGCAUGCUGCUCGGAGGAGUCAAGUCCUCGUAUAUGUUCGACCUGCUGCUGGAGAUCCGCAAACCAGAGCAAGUGUUCCAGCCUUACAAACCUGGAGAGGUGAUGGUGAAGGUUCACGUUGUGGAUCUGAAGACUGAGAGCAUCGCAACUCCAAUCAGUGUCCGGGCCUACUUGAACCAGUCGAUCACUGAAUUCAAACUGCUUAUUGCACAGGCUACCGGGCUAUCUGCAGAAGCCAUGCGUGUCGUCCUGGAGCGUUGCUAUAACGACCUUCGGCUCCUGUAUGUUCCAAACAAGACACUGAAAGCUGAAGGGUUUUUCAGGAGCAACAAGGUUUUUGUAGAGAGCUCCGAGUCGACGGAUCAUCAGGUUGCUUUCACUGACUCGCUCCUGUGGAAACUGUUGGAUCGUCACGGAAACACGAUCCGGCUCUUGGUCUCACUGCCUGAGCAGUCUCCUGGUACCUUGGCCAACAGGACUCCUUGUCAAAGAGAAGGAGCUGACUCUGAUGUACCCUUAGAGGGUUCAAAGGGUGACAGAAAAUCAGGAGAGGCGAUCCUGGAGGAGAGCACAGAUAAGUUAAAGAGUCUGUCUCUGCAGCCGCAGGGCUCCAGCACCAGCGACAGCCAGAAAAGCUCUGACUUUGAACAUAUCGAGUCCCCGAGCCAGGAGGCUGACUCAAACUCUUCGCUCUGUGUGGCUGCAGACAACAGGGAGCUAGAGAACCGGAUCAGGGCCGGGGGCAGCAGCGGCGCCUCCUCGGACCCCGACAACAACUUUGCCUCCGAGGAGCGCUCGGACUCUGAGGUGAACAACGACCGCAGCACCAGCUCGGUGGACAGCGACAUCCUGAGCUCCAGCCACAGCAGUGACACUCUGUGCAAUGCGGACAGCGGGCCCAUACAGCUGGCCAACGGCUUGGACUCUCACAGCAUCACAAGCAGCCGCCGCUCCAAAGCCCACGAGGGCAAGAAGGAGACCUGGGACACGGCUGAAGAAGACUCAGGGACGGACAGCGAGUACGACGACAACGGGAAGAUCAAGGCAGAGGCUCAGUACCUGUUCUUCAGAGCAGAGCCGUGUUCUCCGGAGGACGCCACGUCGGAUGCACAAAAAUGUGUAGUUGUUCACGUGGACAAGAGAAUAACAUUAGCAGCAUUCAAACAGAACAUGGAGCCCUACGUGGGAGUCGCCUCCACUCAGUUCAAGGUGUUCCGGGUGUACGCCAACAACCAGGAGUUCGAGAGUGUACGGCUCAAUGAAACACUCUCAUCGUUCUCUGACGAUAACAAGAUAACUAUUCGACUAGGGAGAGCACUGAAAAAGGGUGAAUACAGAGUGAAAGUGUAUCAGCUACUAGUGAAUGAAACGGAGCCGUGUAAGUUCCUGGUGGACACGGUGUUCGCCAAGGGCAUGACGGUCAGGCAGUCCAAAGAGGAGCUGCUCCCUCAGCUAAAAGAGCACUGCAAGCUCGACCUAAGCAUCGAGAGUGUCCGUCUCAGGAAAAAGACCUGGAAGAACCCAGGCACGGUGUUUCUGGACUACCACGUCUAUGAAGAGGACAUCAGCAUCUCCUCCAACUGGGAGGUCUUCCUGGAAGUUCUCAAUGAUCCGGAGAAGAUGAAGUCCAUGUCGCAGCUGGCGGUCCUGAGCCGGAGGUGGAGCCCCUCUACUAUGAAGCUGGGGCCUUUCCAGGAAGUUAUCCUAGAGAGCAGCAAUGUGGAAGAACUCAAGCAGAAGCUAAGUGAAUUAGGCGAUAUUCCUCUCCAGAACCUGGAGUUUGCAAAGGGUAGAGGAACAUUUCCCUGUGAUAUUUCCGUGUUGGAGAUCCAUCAGGAUCUGGACUGGAACCCCAAGGUGUCGACUCUCAACGUGUGGCCUCUGUACAUCUGUGACGACGGAGCUGUGGUCUUCUUCAGGCACAGCUCAGAGGAGCCGAUGGAGCUGUCGGACGAGGAGCGCAGUGAGCUGAUGAAGAAGGAGAGCAGCCGUCUGCUGAAGACCGGACACCGUGUCAGCUACUCGCCGCGCAAGGAGAAGGCCCUCAAGAUCUACCUGGACGGGGGCCCCCCCAAGGACUCGGGGCAGGACUGAGGAGUGAGCCGCGCUCCUCCUAUCAGGAUGUCCGGCUGCAGCAGCAGAGCCUCCAGGCUGCAGGACUGAGAGUCCGGCCUGAUACUUACUUGAACAUCAAGCAGCUUUGUGAGGCUAAUGAGCUCACACCCUCCACUCUGAGUCCCAGGACUGGUUCAGAAACCCUGUUGUGCACUAUAGUGUAUUGUACUGUGAAGUUUAAAGGGAAGUACAAAAGCUAUUGAAUACAGAUAAAGAAUCAAAUACUGUAAACCCAAAUCAAUUGAACGUGAAAGCUCCAGAGAUGUUAGGAUUGUGAAACUGAGCUAGAAAGCAUCCAUCGCGUCUAUUUCAGUCUCCUCUCACUCCUCCUCGUCACUGUGUUUCUCUUCCUGUUUCAGGAAUAGAGUUGAUUCUGAUUCAUCAGUGACCAUCUUGUAAGUCCAUAUGCUCACAUCCCCCGAGCUCUGCUCUUACAGAAAUUAUUCUUACAUGCAUCGCUCUCCUUCCUUCAAACAAUUAAAAACCAACAGCACACACAACCAAGAACUACUUAUCCAGCCUUCCUCCGUCUCACCUCUUCCGGUGAGGCAAACCUCACUCUCUCAGUGACUUUGACAACUUCUUUCACAAGAUUUGAAGAAUCAAAAAGCAACAAUUUAAGAAUUUGUAAUCCUGAGGUUGAUUCUGCUUCUAUAAAAGCCGGAGUAAUAUGUUGAUAUGGGUUUUCCUGACUGCUGCUCUUUGUGCUUUAUAGGACCUUUACCUCUCUUACACCACUUCCACUAGAUUGAGUGAUGCAUAGCGUAUUGGUACCUUUUAAUACAAAGUUCAAUGAAACGGAACCAAGACAACUAUGUUAACAAUCUCCUUGUCUAGUUUGUCUGUUGUAAAUUAUUAUUUAGCUCCAGGCGUUAUCAUUCAUUUAAGUGUCAUGAGGCACCGGGCACACAUCUGUUGUCUGUAUUAACCUUUAAUUAACAAAGUGGAUUUCUGUUUUUGUUUUCAUCAUUUGAACUGGGUGUACAUCUCUACUGUGUGUGAGGGAGCUCUCUGUGGGGUUUGACAGAGUGUGAGGUUGUUCUUGGCGCUUCUACCUGCUGCUGCUGCUGCUCUAUAGACUGACACCAGAGGGUGCAGAAAGCCGGACUGAAGCUCGGCAUCGCGGCCUGAUGCUCCUGAUGCUGCCACCAGCUAUUCACUGUAGAAAUGCCAAUAACUUUUUUUUUUGUGUUUUUCUUGAGAUUUAAAUCCUGUGUGAAAAUAGUUUAAGAUGAUUUUAGAAAUGAAUUGAAAAGAUUUUUUUUUCCAUAACUGCAGUUUUCUGUAACUGUAAAUUAAAAAUGGCUCAAUUUAA